AGCAGUCUUUGCGGCUCGCCAAAGCUACUAGCAGGUGCACGCCUACGCUAGAUAAAACCAUCAAGUGUAAUCCUCGCUAACCGUAGCUGUAUCCUAGGCGGCUGCUUUCUGUGUCUACCUUAUCAACAGUUCGAGCUCAACGUGCGGAGAUGGACAACUCGGGGAAGGAAAAGGAAGCCAUUCAGCUGAUGGCUGAUGCUGACAAAAAAGUCAAGUCAUCAGGCUCUUUCUUAGGAGGGAUGUUUGGAGGUGGACCUCACAAGGUGGAGGAGGCCUGUGAGAUGUACUGCAGAGCCGCCAACAUGUUCAAGAUGGCCAAGAACUGGAGCGCCGCGGGGGCGGCCUUCUGCAAGGCUGCGCGGAUCCACAGCCAGCUGCAGAACAAGCACGACUGUGCCACCAGCUUCAUCGACGCAGGGAACGCCUACAAGAAGAUCGACCCAAACGAGGCAAUCAAGUGUUUAAACGCAGCCAUCGAUAUUUACACUGACAUGGGAAGAUUCACCAUCGCAGCCAAACAUCACAUAAGCAUCGCAGAGAUCUACGAGGCUGAGUUGGUGGACAUAGAAAAGGCAAUUGCACAUUAUGAACAAGCAGCGGAUUAUUACAAAGGAGAGGAGUCAAACAGCUCGGCCAACAAGUGUCUGCUAAAGGUGGGCGCCUACAGUGCUCAGUUGGAGCAGUACGCCAAGGCCAUUGAGAUCUAUGAGCAGGUGGGCUCAAACACCAUGGACAACCCCCUGCUCAAGUACAGCGCCAAGGAGUACUUCUUCAAAGCCUCACUGUGCCACUUCAUCGUGGAUGAGCUCAACGCCAAGAUCGCCGUGGAGAAGUACGAGGAGAUGUUCCCGGCCUUCUCAGACUCGAGAGAGUGCAAGCUGCUGAAGAAACUGCUGGAGGCGCAUGAGGAGCAGAACUGCGAGGCGUUCACCGAGGCGGUGAAGGAGUUUGACUCCAUCUCCCGCCUGGACCAGUGGCACACUACCCUGCUGCUGCGCAUCAAGAAGACCAUCCAGGGGGACGAGGGAGACCUCAAGUAGCGGGGGGAAAGGGGGAGCGAGAGACGGAGAGGGAGGAGGGGAUAGAGAAGAUUGAAAUGGGGUGGAAAAACGCAGCAAUUGAAAAAUCGUCCAUCAAGGCAUGCUUACCCUUCCUUAGCCCAUUCCCCUGGUCAACCCCCCCCCCCCCCCCCUCCCACUCUACCAUUCCUUCUUCUACAGCACUUCUUACACUCACACACAUACACUGACACUUCUCAAAUGUCACCCAGGUUAACCCCCAUACAACGUUUUCCCCCGUGCUGCUGAUAUCCGCCAGGCAUUACUGAAGCGUCGUAUUCUCAUGUUGAUAUUUAAAAGCUGUGCUUCUCAUUAUUCAGGGUGUGAUUCCUCCCUACCACCCACGCCUCCUAGCCUGGUCUGUUUUUUAGAGCAGAGGCUGCAUUCCCCUUUAACAGCCUUUAGGACCCAGGGGUUAUCUACGCUGGGGGCAAACGUAACGGCGCAGAGGUGAGUGGGAUGUUGGCAGAAGGGAUUGCACAGAGUAUAGUUCUAUAUUUUCUUUGUUCUUUUUCUUAUCUGGUAUUUUAGAUGGAAACAAUCUUUGUCUUUUAUUUAUACUAUGUGUUGCAAAAAAAGAUUGUUAUAAAUCUAUUUCUAUACGUGUGUUGGGUAUAUUUACAGAUUGUAAGGAUUGCAAGGAUAAUUACAUGUAGACUUUUAAAUGUUUCAGAUUGACGUUUUGUUUAAUAUCUAUAUAUAUCCUGCUGAUUUAAACUUUGAUUUGUUUUUUAAAUGCAUUGUGGAAUUGUAACGACAACCAAGAGUCCAACUUGAGUUGGGAUAUAAAUUACUUCAUGGUCAUGAUUAAGGUGACCCUAGAAUAUCAGGACAGACCUUUAGAAAACUUGCAACGCGAGUAUCAUUAGAGACUUGUGCCGUUUCCUUUAUCUUGUGUCGUAGAGUAAGCGAAGGCCCAUUAGUGUCAUGCACCUUCGAGGCGACCCAUGUGUUUAUAGCAUGUCAUUGUGUAUCGGUGUAUUUUAGCCACAUGUUAGCCAUGUGCUUCAUCUCUCUGUGUCUCCGCCACACCAAAGUUUUUCUAAGCGGUCCACAGCCCUGCGUAUCAAGCUUCUUCCGGGAAAAACGACCGCGGCAUACUGUUUUGAUUUCACCUGUAUGCUUGUGAAAGAUUAUCGUAAUAAAAGAUUAUUAAACACA